UCUACAAGUUGGCUUAUUCGCGUUUGUUCGAUCGUCGGGCGAUAAGCGGAUGUCUGCAAACAACCAGGCAGGCAGUGAAAAUACAAAUGAUAAUAUGUAUGUAUGUGCCUAUAUAACCAUUAUUUCAUUGCAUACAUAUGUACAUGAUCAACUAUAUAUCGAUACGCUGCAUUUGCGUUGCAACAAUUAAUCCCAACUCAACUGAAAAACCAACUAUUUAACUACCAAAAACAGAAAACCAACAAAUACAAGUAGAGCACUUGCGCAUGUGCACGUAUUGCCAACGUUCGCGCAUACCAACGAGUGAACGCACAUAUUUAUACAGCGUACAAACAAUUGCCAUACAAGCGCGCCACUGUGGUGUCCGUCAAAAGUCAGCCAACCGGUCCGCAGCGCACAAUCCAACGCAUCAAAUCUUAACUCGUUCCAUUCAAUCACCAUCUCAAACCAACUAAACCAGCGUCCAACAGCUAACCUCCCUAACCGCUACAAAUCAGCGUUUCCCUCACAUAACACACACAUAUUUUACACAGCGCUGCUGCUCUGACCACCAGUUCACUGAUCGCACAGGGUACGCGUGUUCUGCACGGCGAGCGUUUGGCGGCCCAAACAGCUGUUGGCCUUUUUGUGGCAACCACCAACACGCUUCAGUCGCCAGCAUGUAAGCAAUAGCUUAUGUGCUGGUGCUGCUUGCAUAUGUGUCCCGUCGCAGAGGGGAUUAAAGAGUGCUAAAUGUGCUCGUCGCCGUUUCGGUGAUCGCUGCCUAAUAAUGUAUAGACUGAACUAACUAAGGCCACCAUACACUUACUUACAUACAUACAUAUGCACAUAAAUAGGACUCUUAUAAGUUGUGUGUACACAUGAGAGCAAACCAUUACCAUUUUCACAAGCUCGUGAUCAUUUCAAAAGCAAAAAAGACAAUUCUUAAAUACACAGACUCAAAAGGAAAAAAAAAACGAAAAUAAUACAACAGAAAAAUGCACGAGCUCUUCACAAAAGUACUCUCCAAACGUGAUCUAUCCCGUGCUGGCGAUCUUUUUUCGGUACCAGAUUCGGAAAUCGUCAACGACAUCAGCGAAGUGCUCUCCGACAUCAGUCCGAUCAUUUCACAUCCGGACUACCUCAAAAACAAUAAUGAUCAGUCAGUGGUGGAGAUUUGCGUUACUCGUGUGCUCUCUUGCAUACGUGAGACAAAGACUGCAGAACGUUAUUGUGCCGCAUUGGUUGAUUUAUUGAAGACAUGCCUGUUGUGGAACCUCCAGCCGGCUGGCACGGCUAAAGAGGAUCCACCACAUGCAAAAAUUGCCGCUGAUAUUAUUUCGAGUAUAUUUUUGAACUAUGACAAAAAGGAGCUAAUGAAAAUCUCGCUGCCAGUCGCCGUGCAAUUUCUGCCGAAAGGCAACCGUGAAUUGUCCCGAAACUUGGCAAGUUAUCUCUCCUUAGCAGCCAUCGAUUAUGCCUACUUGCUAAGCCCACAUGUAACUUCCAUUAUGGACUCCAUUAUGUCUGGUAAUUUCGGUUUAUUGCGCGUGCUUUCACAAAUUUACGAGGUUUCGCCAGAUGAAGUGUCGCCUCACGCACCAGUACUAGUUGCGCUGUUGCCACAGUGUGACUCACAGGAAAAACUAGCCGUUUUGCAAUUAUAUUUGCUUAUUGCGCAAAAGACACCUGCGGUACUUGAGAACUGUGUGCCACGUCUGUGCGAAUUGUUGUACGACAAUGAAACUGCCACAAUAACAAUGCAGAUUUUACUGAAAAUUUCCGAGCAGCGCCCGCUGCUGAUAGUUGAACAUUGCGAAAAAAUCAAAGCGGCCAGCAAAGCCAAUCCGAGUACGGUUUCCUUGGCAGCUCAAAUACUCGCUUCCGCCGGACGCACGAAUAAGGAACACGCCCAGUACGCACUUGAUUUUGUGUUAGAACACUUGCCACAUGCAGAUCGCACAUCACAAACGAAUUUACUGCAGGAGGCCACCAAGCUAUGCUCAUCAUUUCCCAUAUUGUUCACCGAUAAGGUGCUCGCUUGUGUACGUCAAAAGAACGCACUAAGUCAGCAGAAACUCUCGACGUCCGACAUUAAUAUGGAUGUUAGCAAUAAGACUUCAGGUGGCGUGACAAUUGUGAAUUUGAAUAGCCCAACAGAGCCGCCACCGCCAACACCAACUGCGGCUGCAGCAGUGGUGGCCACAGUGCUAAAUACAGCAGCCACGGCCAAUCAUAAUAAUGUGCCCAACACCUCAGCCACAUCGAUACCAAUCACUGCCGAUCCAGUCACCAGCCCAACAACCGUCUCGGUGGCGGCCACCACUGCCACCACAGGCCGCAUGCACAAGAGCAAAAAUAAGAGCCGCAGCAGCCCCAGCAGUCCAAAGGAUGGCAGUCGCAAGGCUUUACUAAGCGCCCAUUUAAAAAUUUCAACAGCACAACCAACUCAACCAACUGCCGUGAACACAAACACAACGUUUAUACAACAGAGUCAUAACGCUGCCGUGACAGGUGCACCGCCGCUUGUGCCGCCCACUCCUCCACAUACUGGUUAUACGCGACGCGUCAAGCUGGGAGACUCGCGCAGCACUGGUCGUCUGCACCCGACUGGCAAUACGCACCGCAGCAUGACGCGUCUCAAUGUCGCCGGUGGCUCGGUGGGCGGCCUGCACAAGAGUAUGACGCGACUCAGCUCAUCACAGCAUAUUAACCAAAAUGGUGGUUCAAGCUCUAACAAUGCAAAUAAUUCGCAAUCUAGCGGCAAUGUAGUGGUACAAACGCCUACAGGCGCCAGCACAACUACUGUAGGCGCUGGUGCGCUGCCGAAAACUCCGACCAGCCCUAGCAGUCCAGGAUAUGUGACACCUGUGCCGCCGCUGAGUAACAAUGUCAUUAUUACUGGUCACAAUAAAUGGGGUAUUCCUUCGACACAGGUGACAUCAGGCGGUGUCACAGUCACGACGUCUCCCACUAAAGUCAGACCGCACUCACAGGGCCCCACUACAUUGCUGAACUCGAGCACGGCGAUGUUGAAAUAUAGUACUGAUGCAUUAAAUCAGUCAAUUGGUUCAAUUUCCAUACCACAGAAUCCAGUUUCAGUGCAUCACGCUUCGCCAGCACUGCCUCAACAGAACAAUGGCAAUCAGAAGUCUGUGAUGAAAUUGCCCGUAAAUGGAAAUAGUACACAUGAAGUGAUCGUCUCCGGCCCCACAACCAAUAUGACACCACGACGAAACAACAACAACACCAGUCGCACACUACUCAAUGCAAACAAUAGCUGUAUUUUGGAUCAACGUAUGAGCACCUUUGAACCCUAUCAGAUAAUGCGCGAUCCGGUGCAACAAUUCUGCGAGAAACAUUUCGGUUCAAUUAAGUCGUACAUGGACGAUGUAUCACAGUCGCUGCCGCCGCCAACGCGUUGCAGCAUUGAAGUUUCAAAUGAAUUUGCAGAACGUCGCACCAAAAAGGUGGCCAAACUGCACUUCGCCUGUCAGAUACGCGGCCCCCACUGUAUGUACUCGAAGGCCUGCUUUACGAUGCGCACGCGCAACCCCAAGACCUGGAUACAUUUGAUGUUUUUGGAUUUUCAAGUGCGACAUUAUGUGAAAGAAAAAACUGUUCUUAGUACUCGUGAGCCCGGUAUCAGCAAUUUGAAGAACAUUUGGCAAAUACUCAAGUGCGAGAACCGCAGUUUCACCGAAUUGGUCACCAGCCAGUUUCCCAAUGCAAAGGAUCGUGAGAUUCUCGUCAACGAAUUACGCCACUCUGGCUUCUUGGAUGUGUUCGAAGUAUCCAAGACGGACACCUCCAACCCGAACUGCAAUGAAUUGGAAUACCAAUGGGGCUGUCUGCUGUGUAAUCAUCCCGAUAAAGCCGUUGGCUUUCUCAACGGUAGCAAUCAGCCAAUGAUCGAGGGUCAGCUGAAAGAGAAGAAAGGCAAAUGGCGUCUAUUUCGACGUUGGCGCACAAGAUAUUUUACGCUCUCUGGCGCACAUUUAUCAUGUAAAGGAUCGAGUGGCGGCGAAAGCAUUGAUGUAAAUCAAAUACGUUCCGUCAAGGUAUCGCGCGGCGCUCGCAACAUACCAAAAGCAUUCGAAAUAUUCACCGCCGAUCAGACAUUAAUACUCAAACCCAAGGACGGCAAAAAUGCCGAGGAAUGGGUGCAAUGCCUAAGCAUUGUGGUGGCGCAUUCGCAGGCCCGUGAUAAUCCCACUGCGAAAACAAAUAGUCUGCCCGCACGUGGCAUGGGCAGCAGCAAGCCAUCGUUUUAGUAAAACAUUUAUUAAUAAUAUAUACACACAUAUAUAUAUUAAUUUAUAGAGAUUUUUCUUUUUUAAAUACAAAAAUAAGCUUCAAAAGACAUACAUAUACAUAUAUAUAUAUAUUUACAAUAAGUUGUAACAAAAAAUACAAAACUUCACUGAAAGAAAAAAGACGCUCAAAAAGAAUUUAAGGACUACAAAUGUGUAAUACACAUACAUAUACGUACAUAAUUCGUCUCCAAUAAAUUAUAUAAUAUAAAUUACAGAUUUUACAUUUAACCGGCAACCUGACAUACAAACAUGUACAUAUGUAUACGUAUGAACCGUGUAUGAGUACUUAAUUUUUGAAUAAUUAUAUGGCAACUACUUAAAACGUUUUGUUUGUUUUAGAUAAUAAAUUAAGUAACUGAAAUAUUUAUUAUAAAUAAUUAAUCGAAUAAAUGUUGAUAUACAAUAUUUUUUUAUACAUAAUAAAUGCUAUGUUAAUACAUACAUAACUAUA